AUGAUGACCAACAUUGCCAACCACCACCAUCCGAGCGAGAUGAUAGAGAAUGUGCACCAGCACGCUGCUCUGCCAAUACGUCGAGAUGCAGACGGUAUGGAUGAUGAUUACUACGAUACCAACACAACUGAGCAAGACGACGAUGAUACCAUCUCCGAAAUACCCGCUACUACCACUGCUACACAUCGACCUGCAGUAGGAUUAGCACGAAAUUUAUCAGAAAUGUCAAUCGAGUGUAGCACAGCUGUCGACGAGAACGACGGUUCUGUAUCGGAUGACGAGCUGGUACAAGAUGGCUUAUCCAACCGAGCUUUGAUUGAAUCCAAAGUGAAGAAGGCCUUUGCACUGCCAGCAUCUGAAACGCUCGUCAAUGAAUUUCCGUGCUACAUGAUACGAUUAGUCACAUUGCCUGGCUGGAUGUAUGUCACCACACACCACAUUUGCUUUUAUGCUUCUCUGCCAGGAAAGAAGAAAGGUCCGCAUAAAGCAGGGUAUCUGUCAAAGAAAAACCACCUAACUUCACCGCGCACCUAUCGCUACUAUUUCGAGCUUCGAAACCAUGUUCUCUCAUGGUAUGCAUCAGCAGAAACGAAAUACUCGCCUCUCAACAGUGUCGAUUUGAAAUGCGUCGUCAAAAUUGAACCUUCCAAACUAAAGAAAUUCGGCAUUCGUUUAACCACCAACACGCACAGCCAUCACACCAUCAUUGCUGAUUCAGAGCUCUCGCAACGUGAAUGGCUGGAUGAAUUACGGAAAGGUGUUUUUGUAGCACAACAUGCUGGAAAUAGUGUUCGCAUCGUGCUGCCAUUUUCAAAAAUCAUGACAGUGGACAAACCCUCGGUGUUCCAGUUUGCUGCUAAUAUCAGGAUCAAGUUUCAGGAAGAUGUGGUAGAGAAUGCUGCUAAUCAAGGUGAAGAUUAUUACUUUGCGUUUUUUCCCGAUAUUGAAGAUGCAUAUCGUGUGAUUACGGAUACCUGGAAGAGCAGUAGCGCAACCAACAGUGAUACACAAAAGAGAGUGGCAGUGAGGACCAUGAAUGGAAGUAAGCCAGUUGGUGCACCGGGAAGUGCCAGUUUUUUGAGCUUUGAUAGCUUCUUGGAGAAUAUUUCACCCGCUGCCUUGCCCACCAUGUUGAUGGGUAAAUUGAUGAGUGUCACCAAUGUCUUUCAACAGCCAUCUGCCGACAGCGCAUCAGCAGAGAACGAAUCAGUGGAAAACGAUCAGAAACAGCAAAACUCAUCUAUUUUAUCGUCUGUAAAGAUACCUUACAUGAGCAACACUGGAAGCACAAAGAAGAGGGACGACUCGGCUCCAUUGACGAAUUCGCCUAAUGAGAUGACCACUUCAUCACUCGCAUCGCGGCUGAAACGCAAUUCCUUGUUGUUUAGCAAGCCCAACAGUAGCACCAAAGAGGACGCCAAAGAGGACGCCAAAAUACUAGAAGCAUCAUUAAACGCCUCUCCCAGCACCUCACCGCCCUCCUCAGGUAAUGCUUCACAAGACUACUUUCGAGGGGCUGCUGACAAGGAUCAGCAACAACAGUAUCAAGUGCAGCCAAUUACAAUUACCAAACAAAGGCCUCAUUCAGGUUCUUAUUCCCUAUCAAAGAUACCCCGUGCAGUAACAGAUGCUAUCAAACAUCAAGUGCUGCGAAGCGAUACCACCACCUCAAGCAGCUCCAGUGUACCUGCUAUAGAGGAACCUCCAGCGACGAGUAGCACUGCAGAAGAAAGCCAAUCCACCUUGAGCACCAAGUCAAGCAGUCGAAAUCGAAGUACAUCCUUGAGCAAUUUUAAGCACCAUAUCUCACCUUACUAUUUAUACAGCAAGAUUAAUGGAAGCACAGGCAACACAAGUGCCAGCACCUUGCCUGCACCGUAUAUAUCCAACACGUCCUUGACUAACGCCAACACGGAUAUAUCUUUGCUGAGUGAUGCGGAUUCAUCUUCCCUGUCAACGACGUCGAUCCAGCCAACCCAGCAGCCUGUUGUAAGAAGCAGAAAGCAACGAGCCAAGAGCAUGGGCUCCACAUUGAUCUCAGGCACAUGGAGUAAACUAGCACCUGGGAGCGUUGAUCACUAUUUUCACCAGCAGCACAUGAAUGAGAGUCAGCACAGACAUCCCAAGGGCCCCAUCUGGCUCAGUGACAAGAUGAUUGACGCAUUGGAAGAAGCAGCAAAAGCUAAUUGCAAUGGUCUCUCUGACUCUGCAUCUAAUACCAGUAGUAGCAGUUCUGAUGGAGGAGAGGAAGAAGAAGAAACCGGCUUUACUAUGGAUGUCCAGGUGAGCAAGGCUGUUGCUGAUCCCCGCAUUCGACAAGAAGAACAGCAGACAGUCAAUGAGCAUUUAAACGCAAAUUUUCCCAUGUUACUCAAGACGGAAGAAACAGAAGCAGUUAUCAAGGCGUCAUUUUGGCGCACAAUUCCUUACUCUGGAAAGAUAUACAUUACAGAACACUAUUUCUGCUUUAAUAGUAAGAUAUUGGCUGGUCAGCAAAAGUUGAUUGUGCCCUGGCAUGAUGUGCUUCAAGUCAACAAGAUCAAGACGAAAAGCUAUUAUCUAUUGCACGGAAUGACGAUGGUUGUGAAAGACAUGACAGAUGAGAUAUAUUUUGAUUUCGCUUCAGUGAAGCUUCGAGAUCAUUGCUACUCUAUUUGUGAGCUCAAGGCUGAUAGUAACUUUGCAGGCGAUGAAUGCUCUGUACUCUCCAAAGAAUCCAAUACGCUUUCUUUGAGCAGCUUAUUGCUAGAUAGACCAGAGCAUAUAGUGCCUCCUAGAGAAUACGAUGGACCGCCUCUUUUAUCCACAUCAGCCAAACUCACCAAACCAGCUGAAAGCAGUAAACGCCCUGCAAGACCAUUGCACUUUACGUGUCUCACCAUUGGAUCUCGAGGAGAUGUGCAACCCUAUCUCGCUCUGUGCAAAGAACUGCAGAAAGAUGGCCAUACAUGUCGUAUUGCUACACAUCCUGAGUACGAGCCUUGGAUUACACAGCAUGGCAUUGAAUUCAGAUCCGUUGGCGGCGAUCCAGGAGAAUUGAUGAAACUAUGCAUUGACAACAGCUUUUUGUCCGUGUCGUUCAUUCGCGAAGGCACAAAGUUUUUUUACAGCUGGUUUGAAUCGCUACUGGCAUCUUCUUACAAGGCAUGUCAAGGCACAGAUGUUAUUAUUGAAAGCCCAAGUGCUAUGGUAGGUGUCCAUAUGGCAGAGAAACUUGGUGUGCCGUACUUUCGAAGCAUGCCAUUCCCAUUCACAAGAACCGCCAAAUUCCCACAUCCAUUUGCCAGCCAGUCUACUGCGGGUGGCCGCAUCUAUAAUGACAUGACCUACGUGAUGAUAGAUAUGGCGUUAUGGACAGGCACAUCCAAAUACGUAAAUCGGUUCCGACGUGAUGUUCUGGAGCUACCCUCCACCAACCUCGAUCGUUUAGAGCUGUGGCGCGUGCCGUACAUCUACUCCUUCAGUCCCUCUGUGGUUCAUCCGCCCAAGGAUUGGCCUGAUUUCAUUCAUUGCACCGGCUACUGGUUCCUGGAUAAUCCAGAUAUGAAAUGGAAGCCUGAUGCUGCUUUAGUUGAUUUUUUGAAUAGUACAAAUGAUACGCGCCCUAUUGUAUACAUUGGAUUUGGCUCCAUCAUUGUCCCGGAUGCUGUGGAAACAACGCGAAUCAUUGUGGAAGCAGUGCUGAAAGCAGAUGUGCGAGCUAUCAUUUGCAAAGGCUGGUCUGCUCGUGUCCCUACUGCCAAAGUAUCGCAUAAAAAGUCGAGAUCUGCCAGUGAUAUGGAGUCUAUCAAGCAAGAAGAAGCAGAACAAGAGGAAGACAGCGAAGUGUUGUUGGAUAAGUAUCCAGGCACUAUUUAUCACAUUGAUUCUCUGCCCCACGACUGGCUGUUCCCACAAAUACAAGGUGUUGUUCAUCACGGCGGUGCUGGAACAACCGCUGCAGGAUUACGAGCUGGAUUACCCACUGUCAUCAAGCCAUUUUUUGGUGAUCAAAGAUUUUGGGGUCAACGCAUCGAGGAAUUGCAAGUAGGCAUUUGUUUAAAUAAACUGUCCAAGAACCACCUCAUGGACGCGCUCAAGACGAUUACUCAAAAUCAAACCAUGAUUGCAAAGGCGAAUAAGAUAGGAGAGACUAUACGGAAGGAAAAUGGACCGCGCAAUGCUGUUGAGAGUAUCUACAGAGAAUUUCAAUAUGCGAGAGAACAACGAGUCAUUAAUACAUAA